AUUGGUCUGACGCUUAACAGCACUGUAAUGGAAAAAGAAGGCAAAGACUUCAUGAGAACAGUGAUGAAAAAAUGGGUGCCAGCAGCAGACUCUAUGUUAGAUAUGAUCAUUCACCACUUACCGUCGCCAGUGACCGCCCAGAAAUACCGAACUGAGGUCCUGUAUGAAGGACCCCUUGACGAUGAAGCCGCUAUAGCAAUGAAGAACUGUGAUCCAAACGGACCCUUGAUGAUGUAUGUUUCCAAAAUGGUACCAGCACAGGAUAAAGGCAGGUUUUAUGCAUUCGGAAGAGUGUUCUCAGGAACUGUUUCCAGUGGUUUGGAUAUAAGAAUACUGUGCCCUGGAUAUAACCCCGAGAAAAUCAAGGAUCCGAAACUCCACAAAACGUCUGUUCCAAGGUAA